AUGCCACCUACAGAUCCAUCUAGUGGAUCUCACUAUAAUGAUAUUUCUAUAUCUUUAUCCACCGUAUUGCCUAUCACUAGUUCUUCCGCUUCUGCAUCCGCAUCUGCCACUACAACUCAUCAAAUGCAAACUCGUUCCAAAUCUGCUAUUUCUAACUCUUGGCCUAUUCGUCUGUUAGAUGUCAAAAAUGUCUUCUUAUAUGGUAUUCUUAAGGAGGAAGUCUUUAUGAAACAACCUCCAGGUUUUAUUCAUCCCGACUUUCCUCAUCAUGCCCCAAGAGCAUGGUUUCAUCGUUUUAGUACAUUUCUCUUUUCUCAUGGUUUCACUUACCGUAAAUCUGAUACUUCUAUGUUUGUUCACCAUUCUGCAUCAGGUAUCCUUGUCCUAUUACUUUAUGUUGAUGAUAUUAUUCUCACUGGUAGUCAUUCACAAUUGCUUGAUCAGUUCAUUAGCCUUCUUUCUAGUCAAUUUUCCAUGAAAGACUUAGGUGAACUACAUUAUUUUCUAGGUGUUCAAGUUGUUCGCUCGUCCGACAGCCUUCAUUUUUCUCAACAGAAAUAUAUUUCAGACUUGCUUCUUAAGUUUCACAUGCAUACUUGUAAGCCAGUUGGUACACCUUUAGCUUCUCGCACUACUAUUUCUCUUGUGGAUUGUGAGUUACUUUCAGAACCUAGUGAAUAUAUGAGUAUGGUGGGUGCACUUCAAUACUUGACUCUGACUCGCCCUGAUAUUGCCUAUGCUGUGAAUGCCAUUUCUCAAUUUAUGCAUGCCCAUCACACUACUUAUUUGCAUUGUGUGAAGAGUAUAUUUAGGUACUUACAUGGUACUACUCACCAUGAACUUUUCUUGCGUGCUUCUUCAUCCAAUUCAUUGGUAGUUGUUUAUUCUGAUGUUGAUUGGACUAGAUGUCCUGAUAGUAGGCGUUCUACUGCUGGCUUUGCUGUAUUCUUAGGUUCCAAUCUUAUUUCUUGGCGUGUGAAGAAACAACCCAUAUUUUCAAGAUCAUCUGCAGAGGCUGAGUACAGGGCUAUUGCCUAUACGGUUGCUAAAACUUCUUGGAUUCAUCAUGUUCUCUGUGAGUUUGGUCUUUAUCUUCAUAAACCAAUGUGUGACAACAUCAACUCAAAAUACAUGUCUCGUAACCCAGUAUUCCAUGAUCGCUCUAAGCAUAUUGAUAUUUACAAUAACUAUGUCCGUGAUAAAGUUGCUCAAGGGGAUCUUGUUGUCUAA